AUGGAUCGCUUCCAUGUCCCAAGCAUUUCUGUGGCAGUAUUGAAAGGAAACGAGACGUACCUUGAUGUGAGUGUAGCCCUCGAAAUCUUGACCGCAGUGGUAUCUCACAAUGAAGAACAGUCCUUUGGCUAUGCUGUCCUACCGGAUACACCAGCUACACCUGACACGCUCUAUUACCUGGCAUCAUGCACCAAAUCUUUCACCGCAGCCUCGCUGCUUUACACGCUGGACAACUACACCAAGGCCCAUCCUGGAGACCGCCGCUGGAGUAUCGACUCAACCCUCAGAGAGAUAUUGGGCGAAGAUUUCGCCCUGCCCUCUGACUACGCAACACACCACGCAACGCCGAAGGACGCUCUGGCGCACCGUCUAGGCCUACCGCGCUGCGAUCUGUCAUACGGCGGCGAGGGCUAUGGCAUGCGGGACCUGAUCAGAAGCCUGAGACACUUGCCCGCUUUCGCCGAGUUGCGCCAGGAGUGGCGCUACUUCAACCAGGGAUACAUGCUCAUCCAGGCGGUGAUACAGAAGCUGAGCGGGCGCUGGAUCGGCGACGUGCACCGCGAGGCGAUUUGGGGGCCCCUUGGCAUGGACUCGACCGUCAUCAACCUGACCGAGGCUCUGGACACGGACAGGCAAGGGACCGCGAGGCUGGCGUAUGGGUACUCGUAUAACCCUUUUACGGCCAGCGUGGACCACCAGCCCUGGACGGACACCGAGCUGGUCGGCGGAGGCGGGAUCAUCAGCAGCGUGUCGGACGUGGCGAAGUGGGUUCGGGCUUUCAUGGAAGGCGGCAAGGGCCUGCCGUUGGAGAAGAAGGAUUUCGAGGCACUCACUAGGCCGUUGAUGCUCACGACCAGCCCAGGUCCGUUCGAGCACAUGAGCCCGCUCCUCUAUGCCAUGGGCUGGGAGGAGACAUACUACCGUGGCCACAAAUUCGUAACGCACAGUGGGGCGGUGAACGGCUACAGCACGAGAAUGGCCUUCAUGCCCGAGGAACAGUGGGGAGUUGUGCUCUUGUCCAACUCGUUUAUAUACGGCACGAUGGCAGAAGACGCGGUGUAUAUGAAGCUCAUGGACGACUUUCUAGGGGUUGAGGACGGCCAGAGAGAGGAUGUCGCUGGGAAGGGGGAGAGGCAACUUCAGUCCAUGGCCCAGGCUUGGAAAACCUCCAGAGAUAGGGUGUUCCCGAACGUCUCGGAUAUCCCGCGGAGCCUCCCGCUCAAGGCUUACGCGGGCAGGUAUUGGAACGAUGGAUUCAGAGGACUAGAGCUUCGCUUAGAGUCGCCGCGGGAGUUCACAUUUGUCAAGAACCGCGAGGAUCCGGUGUUGAGGGCGGACUGGAGGAGGCUGGAAAAUAUUACGAUCGAGCUGGAAUGGGUGUCUGGAGAACAAUUUCUGGCUUGGGGUGCCUCGGAGGUCUUUGCUCUGCUCGGCGUAGCUGUCCCGGCUGAGUUCAGGAUUGGGGAUGACGGUCGAGUGAAGAGCUUAGGAAUAUAUAUCGAGCCUAGUAUCAUUGACCAGAAGGUCAUGGUAUGGUUUGAUAGGGUAGGCGAUGAAGUUCAGGACAUGUUGGGAGAGCUGUAG